AGUUCCUACGUUUAUAUAGGUCUUUGUAGCCGGAUGAGUCUGUUUUCACUUUCUAAUGUGACUGCAAGUCCAAAUUGGAGUGAUUACAAGGUUCUGUUCUUUCCAGUAGCUUGGUUGUUUCGCAAAUCUACCAGGCGAUGAAGUCUUUUUACUUGUAGGCAGCAGUAUAAGCCAGUAAGCCCGUAGCCGCGGCUGGACGCAUGCAUAUGCGUCCCACAAACACUUGCUGUUGCCUGCACCUUCACCUUGAAGCCGGUAGCAGCCCACGCAUCCCAAUUCGGUAAAGCGCUACUGCAAAGGUCUGUUUGUAACAACAAACCCUCUUUUCUCUACUUCAUGGUUAUCUUGAAGCCGCUUGAAUAAGACUGCUAGCCUCAUCAAGACCAACACCAACCAUCGUCACGAGUGAGAACUGCUCACAUACCCGUACUAAACAACUAAAAUGGCGACCCUCGAAUCCCUAAAGCAGGCACUAAGGCAGAAAGUCAAGAAAACAGCGUCGAAAUCUCUGCGGAAGUUGUCUGAAACACAGUACAGCGCGGGCCUCGCCAUCGUGACGCGGGGCUCAGGCUGGACGACCACGUACCAAGAAUUCAUUACCCCCCAACUAUCUCAGCUGCUAGACCCACUCCUCAACUUACGUACUCAACUAUCGGUACUAGAAAUUGGACCUGGCCCGAAGAGCGUACUUGGAUCUCUUCCCGGCCAUCUCAGACAGAGGGUUAGCAAAUACACUGCGUUCGAGCCUAAUGGCUUGUUUGCUACGAGUUUGGAAGAAUGGCUUUGCUCUACUACGUCUGGGGCAGAGGCCCCGCUGCCUUCUCUGGAAAAAAGGGCCGACAUACAUCGGGUUCCAUUCGUUCUGGAGGACAAAGUAGGGAGUGGUACUAGUACCGGUACAAUCGACGACGACGAAAAGUACGACAUCAUCCUAUUCUGCCACAGCAUGUACGGCAUGAAUCCAAAACACAAGUUCAUCGAAAAGGCGCUCGAGAUGCUUGUUGAGCAGCCACAAGGCGGGAUAGUGGCGGUUUUUCAUCGCGACGGGGCCCUGCAAGUUGAGGGCUUGGUGUGCCAUCGAUCGGCUGCUUUCCCUACUGGAGUAAUCCGCGUGGCAGAUAACGAUGAGGAACUAGAUUGCUUUGCUUCUUUCAUCGUGGGGGUUAUCCCGCAGGAUGGAGGCGUAGACGAGGCUAUACGAGUUGAAUGGCGUUCGGUGUGCCGCACGCUGGGCCGUCACGAGGAAGCCUAUCCAAACCGUCUCUUGUUCAGCGCGCCCGAGGUUAUGGAGGCCUUUACUCAUCAUGCGACUACUUUACCGGAGCUGACGGCGCAGGUACCAUCUGUGGGGCAUAGAUUGGUCAAAAACUGUGAGGCUCGCCUCCACCACCCCGCCUCGAUCAUGAGGCCGACAGAGAUCCGACACGUCCAACAGUGCGUUCAGUGGUCUCUAAAGCACGGGGCCAGCCUGACCGUCAUUGGCGGGGGACACAGCGGCCACUGUCUCUGGCCCAACGUUGUCUCAGUCGACAUGGGCGCCUUUGACCAAGUACACAUUCUCACGGCAGGGGAGGACGGAGGAAAUUCUACUUCUGCUUCAGGUUCCUUGGUCAUCGCCGAGGCUGGCUGCAAAACGGGGGAUAUCAUCCGCAAGACCAUGGCGGCGGGUGUGACAGUACCCUUGGGGUCUCGGCCAAGCGUAGGCGCGGGGCUGUGGCUACAAGGCGGUAUUGGGCACCUAGCUAGGCUACACGGGCUCGCUUGCGACGCCAUUGUCGGUGCCAUUGUGGUCAGCGUUAACUCUGGAAAGGUCCUCGUCAUCGGCAAUGUACCCAGUCAACACCAGCCACUUGGUUCUGUGCGGCCUGAAGAUGAAAGUGAUCUUAUGUGGGCGAUCAAAGGGGCUGGAACCAACUUCGGCAUCGUGAUCAGCGUAACUUUCAAGGCUUAUGUGGCUCCGACCUACUCGUCUCGAAACUGCAUUGUGCCGCUGAGCAAUGACCUCGAGGCGCGGCUCAAGCUUAGCGAAUUUGAUAACCAAAUCGCCAGGAAGCUCCCCAGGAACUGUUCUACAGACGCGUAUCUAUACUGGGACGCCGGCCAGAUGCAUCUUGGGGUGAUCAUGAUCGAAUCUUCCACGACUGGGCUUGCCAUUACAACACCACUACCCAAACCUGUGGGGGCGAUUUGGGGGCUGGGAGAUGAUUUCAAGGCUGUCGAUGGUGUUGGUUUAUUCGAGACGGAAUUAUACGUUUCUGGGAUGCAUGGCGGGCACGGCGGCGGCAAGACGUCCUCAUUCAAGCGAUGUUUAUUCUUGAAAGAUAUCGGGGAACCAGAUAUCGCCGACCGCUUGGUAGCGGCCAUUAGGACUCGCCCUUCGCCACUCUGCUAUCUCCAUCUGCUGCAAGGGGGCGGAGCGGUUGGCGAUGUUGCAGCCGAAGCCACUGCGUUUGGCUGUCGAGACUGGGACUUUUCCUGUGUCAUAACCGGUGUCUGGCCCCGCGAUCAGGAUGGUAGCGAAAUUGCACGAUAUACUGUGCAAUGGGUUUACAACGUCGCUAAAGAGUUGUUCUCCGUGAGUAGUGGAGUGUACGGAGCAGACGUUGGACCUGAUCCUAGAGACGCCGCACUAGCCAUGAAAGCCUUCGGGCCGAACCGCCCGCGCCUAGCCCGUCUCAAGCACCGGUUGGACCCGAAUAACGUGCUAGCCUAUGCCUGCCCGCUCCCGAGGACGCCCAUGAAACAGAAGCUGAUCCUUCUUGUCACGGGCAAAAGCUGCGCUGGAAAGGAUUAUUGUGCUGGCGUCUGGGCCUCCGUCUUCACAAAAGGCCUCACGGCGCGUGUAGUCAGCAUCAGUGAUGCGACAAAGCGAGAAUACGCGGCUGCCACUGGUGCGGACCUAAGCCGCCUGCUCUCGGACCGUGCCUACAAGGAGGACCACCGCCCAGCAUUAACAGCAUUUUUCCAGGAACAGGUUCAGAAACGACCUCAGCUGCCAGCAGAGCAUUUCCUGAGUGUGGUCCGCGGUGUCGAAGAUGUAGAUGUGCUGCUAAUCACCGGGAUGAGAGACGAGGCGCCCGUCGCUACCUUUUCGCAUUUGGUACCAGACAGGACACUGCUCGAGGUUCACGUCCAGACUCAUGAACAGACACGGCGUCUUCGCCGAGGGGGCCACGGCUGUAACGACAAUGCAGAAAAAGAUGAAGAUAGUACCAAGAGCAUAUCAGAUUUAACAACCUGGGACUACCGCCCCUCUCUCAUCUUCGACAAUGAUACAACAGGAAGUGAGGCGGCAAAAAGGUUUGCCGAAAUUCAUCUGAUUCCUCUUCUCCACGAGGACUUGCAGCGACUGGGCAAUAUGGUGCUUUCGGUACCCGACUUCCCAAGCCCGGGCAUCGAUUUCCGACAUGUGCUAGGCAUCUGUCAGCAGCCUGGUGGCCUCGCCUUAUGCAUAUCUCUGCUGCAAAGCCACUUUGCCGGGGACUGGGCCAAAGUCGACGCGUUAGUUUGUUGUGAGGUUGGCGGAUUCGUCUAUGCGUCUGCAUUGGCUUCGCGGAUCGAUGUGCCCUUGGUGCUGAUUCGUGAUGCUGGUAAGCUGCCCCCACCCACCGUUUCUGUCGUCAAAUCCCCGUCGUAUAUCUCGUCUUUGCCAACCGGUGAUUUCAAAGAGAAGCGAAUUGAAAUGGAGCGCGAUGUGGUCCCCAAGGGCGCAUCGGUGGUGAUUGUAGAGGAUGUGCUUUCCACGGGAGAGACGCUCUCCGCGAUGUUACAGCUAUUAGACAAGGCGGGCAUUGGUGCCGAAGAUGCCAGUGUCAUAGUCGUGGCCGAGUUUCCGAUUCACCGUGGCCGUGAACUCUUGCGUAAACGUGGCUUUGGCAGAACCAAUAUUCAAAGCCUUUUGGUCUUUGGGGGUGCUUAGGGAAGGGAGGAAGGAUCUUGGAAUCUUGAAGUUGUGACUUGAUUACCUUGGGAUAUACCAGAUCCAGCUGAUGGACUUUUCGGCCAUCUCUAGGGCGAUUUGGCUUAGACGCUGGAAGAAUAGAGACUUAUUGAGCUCCUGGGUGACUGUGGAAAUGGAAAGGUCUAAGUGUCACAUUAAAUCUCAAAACUGACAUCCAAGACAUGGAUUUGAAGAGCACGAAAGUGAAUCUGAGG